AUGGCAGCAGUAACAGCAUCGGCUAACAAUGCAACAGGAACUUUUAUGUUUCAUCCUCGUCCAACAGUUUUUGAACAUCCUAUCACAUACGAUCUUCCUUCAACAACAAAUUCGACUUCAAUCGUAACUAAAACUUCUAAUACCGAUGAUUUUUCUCAGUAUUAUAUUACUCUUGAAUCUCGUACAACAAUUCAAAAAUCAGCCAAAGGACCAAUAUCUAUUGCUGAAUGUGAUUCACAGGGUAAAUCUGUUACUGUUGAAAAUACAAGUCGUUCAAAGAGUAUGGUACUUACUGGUUGGACAAUACGUCAACAAAGUGAAAAUGGCGAAACAUUAACAUAUACAUUUCCUGAUAAUUGUCUUUUAAGACCAAAUCAUUCAAUAAAAAUACUCACUAAACCAAACGAAUCAGAACGAAAAAGUACUGAUCUUAUCGCUUCAUCAUUGUCUUCAUGGCAUACAGGUUUGAAUUUCAUUACAACGUUGAUCAAUGCCGAAGGCAAGGAUCGUGCUUCAUUAACGAAAAAAACAAUAUUCUCUUGA